AGCACAGAGUGAACACCCACGUACCAGCUGCUUACUCCAACACAGCCUCCCUCUCUCUCUCUCUUUCUCUCCCUGUGCUGUCUAUCACUUGUUUACCGCCUGUCUACUCUAGUUGAGAGUGUGUGCCAGCCCCGGGCACGCCCUCUCCUACUCGUCACCGCCUGAGCAAAAGCUCCUGGACCUCCGCGCCCUCGGAGGCGUGGGAAGAAUUAUCUUGAACACACGCCCAUUUAUCCAAAGCAAGAGAGAGGACAGUGGGGAAAACGAAAAUCGAGCAGAGGAAACCUGCCAGACACGCUCAUCAUCAUCGCCACGACCCGAGGAGUGAGGGUGAGCUAGAGCCCAGCCCUGUAAGUCAUGGCCUGGCUUCACUUAUAGCCUUGGCCCGUAGGAGUGACUUGUGUUUGGCCUCCUAGGUUCUGUCUGUGCGGAGACUGCUGUUUAUUGAAGAACUUAGCCAAGUAACGCAGUAUUUUAUCCUAGCCGCGACAUAGAAACCGGCUCGGAUAUGACCUAGUGGAAUUAUGAUCAGAUUUCACUGUAUUCCAUGAAACAAUACACCCGUGUGUGGGCCACUCAGUAUUGACCAUACAUCGAUCUCUUGUGGUAUGUCUCGCCCACUGGUAGUAAGCGGGGCAUGACCUUCUAAAGUACCACCCUCUGCGUAGUAUGACCUCACGCACCAUCACCUCUGACGAUCCCGCUCACCCUGUGAUCCCUCAGAGAGGCAUGACCUCCACGUGACCUUUGACCUGGAGGAUGAGUUAGCGCGGGGGGGACCAACAUGUGUGAGGUUAACAGCUGCUGCUGCCUCUCCCUCCGCCAGGGCUGCGUCCUCAUAGGAGGCAUCACCAUCGUGGUGAGCCUGGUGCAGACACUGAUUUUUUCGUGGGUGUUGCUGGAGACCUAUCUGUCUUACCAGUCCAUUAUUUCCGUCACUGCUGACAACGCCACCUCAGACUCCUCAUCCGCAUCAUAUUACUUCUCCUCGGCCACCUGCCCCAUCGGCUUUCUUCCUGUGGCCUCGAAGUCCAACCCGACGAAUUUCUCCGACGAUUACUACGAGAACGAGGACUCAGAGGAUGAAGACUCGACGCAGCAGACAUUACUGACGGUGGUAGGCGACACUAGCUCUCCCCCUUCAUCCACAUCAUCGCUCACGUUAGAAUCCAGACUGGAAGAGAUUUCCGUGGUCAUGUCAUCUACCACGACAAUAUCUUCUCUGUCGCAGUCUCCCAAAUCGGCUUCGGUCCUCGGGAAUGACGGAGGGAUCCUGGUACUAUCGUCGUCACAGUCUUUGCCUGAGGUUGAGAGCAACAACACUCACAUCGAGUCUUCCGCCUCCAGUGCAACACCUAAGGCCAACUCCACGGCGUCGGCAACACCCAAUGUCUCCAGAAGGACGCCAAGAAUCACAUGCGCUGCUCCAGGUCAGGGCGUGUUGUGGGCGCUAGUGGUGGUGUCUGCGCUGUAUUCCUUGGCGGGCGGCCUCCUGAUUGUGGCUGUUUUGUGGUGCGUGUCGUGGCAGCUGUCCAUCUGGUUCUUCUACACGGUGGGCUUCGACCUCUUUAUGCUGAUUGUAGCCAUGGCUGAUGGCGUCUACACCAGCUUUUCAGACAUCUCCAGCUACGUUGUUUGCCUCGUCACCACAUACUGCGUCAUAGUCGUCGACUCCUACUAUGAGAAGCUGUUGCACGACGAGCGUCUCGAGAAGGCAGGUCAAGGUCGUCGCCAGUCAAGCCUGGUCAUCGUGCGUUCCUCGCCUGACUCACCCACCUGUCAGCAGGAGUAUAUCCCCCCGACCACCUUCACUCUCACCAGCAACCACAACAACCUGGUGCCCCCGCCCGUGGCUCUGGGGGCACCGCCCAUCAUCGCACCUCAACCCGUCACCCUGGUCCCCCCACCCGUCAGUCUGGCUCCCCCACCUGUCAGGAUUGCCCCACCUCCCCUGACACGCCAGGUCUCACACCAUACUCCAACCUCUCCCACCAGAGAAGUGUCUCCCAACCACCUCCCAUACGCCUACCACAACAAUGUUUAGGUGACUCCGUAGUGACAGAGGAACCUCUUUGUGUGUCGAAAAAGACGGCUCGUGAAAUCAAAUACACUAGUGUUUUCCACAAGAAUCACGUGUAAAAAGUACUGCACUUUAGACUCCCUGACGUAAGUAGCAAGUGGACCGUCACUUACUUGAAAACGGUAAACAUUAUUGCUUUUAAGCACAGGCUGUAUCGUUCAUAUCAGACAAUGGCCUCCGCACGGUGAACUAAGACCAGAUUCAACUAGAACUCGUCUCAUGAAACUAGAGCUUUCAAGUGUUUUGUUGUUUUAGUUAGAGUCUGUGAUAGAUGGUUUGAAGCGACCCAGUGAGCUGCCUCCGGUACUAGGCGACCCAUCCACAACUCAUUCCCUCUUUUUCCCACUCCGUCGCUCCGAGUGUAACCCACGCCCUUCCAGGACCUGAAAGUGUAGAAGAGAGACAACUGGUGCUGACCAAACGUUUCGCUUUGAAUAGAGCUUUAUCAAAUAAUGAUCAAACUCUACCCAGAGCGAAACGUUACCUAUAAAAUAGGUGAGGUCAGCACCAAGUUUCUGUCUACCAUCCUCAGGAACUGACUUAUCACAAGGUGUUUACAGGCUCCUGACGGCGCAAGGGAGACGUAAUCUGUCAUCGUUAUACCUUCCGUAACUCCACACGACGGAUACAUAAGUCUUCGAUGGAAUGCGUCAAAACUUGACGUGACGGAACGACGUUCAAGCAUGGAGGAGACGGUAGGAUAGUCACCUGAAUCCCUGGAUAUAAUAUAUGUCAAAUACAUUUGUUGUUUACCAUGCGAUGUAAGUGUUUUGAAUAUUUGCUGCGACCAGUGACCUGAGACUGUGUUUCGUCAGUAGACAACAGAGAGCAAUAUCAAUAUUAUACCAGUGAUAAGUUGUGUGUAUACUUGAGUAUACGAAGGGAACUUACAAGAUUGGCCUAUAUUGACACAAUGCUGUGGAACUUAAUGCCUCCUUCCCCUCGAAUAAUUGUGUGUGUGUGUGUGUGUGUGUGUGUGUGUGUGUGUGUGUGUGUGUGUGUGUGUAAUUGUUUACGUGUAAUCUAAACUCGCUAUGUUCCGUCUUGGGAAUUAAGUAUAUAAUGCCUCAAAUUUUCUAGUGGUUGUAGUCGUAACCUCUUCUAACGUUUUCCAUUUCUCGGUCCCUCGCAGGCAAGGACAUUCUGGCAUCCUGCUGGUCACCAGUAACUUACUGAUUUGCAACUAUACGUAUAUGCUAAUAACCUAAUAUUUCUCGUGCAUUCUUUAGAAAACAAAAGCUAUCGUGUUAUAAUAAACUCCUUGUAUCAUAUAGUGGCAUAUUCCCGAAUGGUUACGGCCAAAAUGUCUAAUACUAAUGGCAAUAAUAAUAAUAUGACUUGAGAGUGUAGUUUUAUAAGUGCAGUCAACUUACAACUUCAGUGGUGUGACCUCCUCACAUGUCACCAGCGAUGGAGGUCAAUAUUCUGAAAUAAAAAAAUAUGUAAAUCCACACGUAGUGAGAAUAUCCUCAAUACCAUUCAGGGAAGUUGAACCCAUUAUU